ACGACCACAUUUACACUCUACUCUACUCUACUCUACUCUACGCUACGGGCUACGGAGAGUCCACACUUUACUCUACUCUCUACUACUACCAAACCGCACCACUACUACCAACCACACCACACACCCCAAACCUUCAAACCACACCACACCUUCAAUCCUUCCCUCCUUCCCCCAAUUCAACUUCACUUCUUUCGAAUUUUUAAAAUCCUCCCUCCCACCACCAAUCCUUAGGGAAUAUAUGAUUCCUGUCCAUCGAUUCCCAUCUGGGGCUAUCAUACUAUUUUAAUAGAUCCGUUUCUGUUUCUACUACGACCUACUACUACUACUACUGCUACUUACUACUCCUUGCUAUACAUACUACACUACGUACAACUUGCAACACUACUUCUAUACUGCACUACUACUCUUGCAUCCCGAAUUCAACCACCCAAAAAAGCUAUCAACGACUCUUUAUGACGACAGACCGGCCUUAAUAUUCCAUCUAUAUUAAUUCGAAGAAAUUGCCCAAGACGGCUUGCCAUCGAUCCUGCUGUUCCACCAUCCAGACGCCCUGAACAAAAGUUGGCCGUCUUUUUGGAGACACACUUCACUUCAACACCCACACCACACCCUUUGCUACCCGCACGCACCGGUGCUGCUGCAAAUUAUAUAUAAAUGGCUUCCUCGCGGUCAGAGCACCCUUCACUGGGAUACCUACCGCCGUCAAUGAUGCUCCAACCUCGCUCGGGCUCAUCCACAGGGAACACAUCGCCCAUCGAGCUACCCAAUUCCUCCUCCGCUAGAUCUCCCUUCGGCAACCCACCUGGCCUGACCUCAGUCGGCAAGAUGGCCGGCAAUUCGCGCUCUGGAGCUGGCUCUCCAUCGCACGAGCUUGGUAGUGCCAGCAGGCUGUUCUCAAAGAGGGCUCGCGAGAUCCAGGCACAAGGGGGCGUCCCGGUCAAUGUCUGGGGACCACCGACCAGCGGGAACUCGACUCCGCUCCGUGAGAAUAUCCCCGAAUCCCCGACGGAUGGCUUCCCGGAUUACAUACAGCUGCCGACCCCCGAGAGCCUGCCGCAGGGCCGUCGUGCGAGAGCAGGGACGGUGCCGUCUCGGUUCGCUCCCGGCGCUCCGCUGGGAGGACUGGGUGGACUGUCGUCUCUCGGAUCGAAGACGUCUCGUCCGUCGCCGUCACCGAGUCCUUACAAGUCUCCCUCGCCUGGCUUGGGCGAGAUUGGAGAUCACAGCUCGGCGUCGAACAAUGCGGCGCUGCUGUCCCGUCUCAGGGCUGGAUCAGUACCGCAGCACAUCUCCAACUUCUCGUCGACGACACAGUCGGGCAGCGGUCCGUUCGGACCGUCUGUCUUCUCUACAAACUGGACUUCGGGACGGGAGAGGACGUCUACGCUGGCAAGCAUUGCGAGUCUAGGAUCGAACGGGCCGAAUUCUCCCACGCAGUCUUCGUUCUCCAAGGAAGGCACUGGCGAGAACGAUAUGCAGAUGAGGACGCUGGAUUACCUCGGACUCGCAGACACGCCGCAGCCUCCGAGGGCUACGCUUGCUGCUAACCCGUUCUUGGCGAACAUGAUCGAUGCGAACAGACAGGCCAGCCGAUUCCGCUCGUACUCGGUGAACGCAACAGAGAAGUACGCUGAUGAGGAGGAGGACGACUAUGGUACUGGGAGCAUGACACCGUACGAGGCACACCAGGCGCGUCUGCAGUAUGAGGUUGCGCAGACACAUGCUGCGAUCCAGCAGCACAAUCUUGCUGUGCAGGCGUUCGCCAACCAAGCGUCGACGAAUCGCCCUCGUGCGAGAACCGCGGGUGUUCUUGAGUCGCCCGGACCAAGAGGCCUUCUGCGGAACUACUACCCCUCCUCUCGUCUGGAGAACAGCAUUAGCGUAGCUGAUCUCAGGGACUCGGCCGAGUACGACGGCUUGCCAGAGGCAGUCCAGGCGCUAAACCUGGGCUACACCAACGGCCAGACUAGCUCGACCCAUCUCACAGCCGACGAAGCCAAUCUGGAAGGACCGACCCGCGCCCUGUGGCUCGGCAGCAUUCCGUCAUCGACCACGACCUCGACCCUGACGGAAAUGUUCAAGUCCCACGGCGCCAUCAUCUCGGCCAGAGUCCUGACGCACAAGAAUUGUGGGUUUGUCAACUUUGAGCGCCUCGAGAGUGCCAUCUCGGCAAAGGCGAUGAUGAACGGAAAGGAGAUCUUCCCCGGUGCUGGACCCGUCAGGAUCAACUUCGCCAAGCCACCGUCUUCUAACGGCACACCGGGUCACGAUGGCGCUUUCCCAUCUCCAUCUCCUGAUCCAUUCUCCCAGGGCCAGGAGAACGGGAGCAGAUCCCGCAACGGCACCCCCGCAAACGCCGGGGCUAUUUCUCGUCCAAGCACCACACCCCCUACCGUUCCGCGCCUCCAAGACAUGCGCAGCGAGAUCCUCAGCAUCGUCAAGGACUUCAGCGCCACAGACGAGGAGAGGCAGAAGAUCGACGUGAUCCUCCAGCAAGCCCUCCAAUACGACGGCUACGACAACGACAUCCCCCCCGUCGCCGAGCCCUCCCUGAACCGCAUCCACGACGCCCCGAAACUCCGCGACAUCCGCAAGCGCAUCGACAACAACAGCUGGUCGCAGUCCGAGAUCGAGAAUAUCGCCAUGGAGAUGCUUCCCGAGGUCGCGGAGCUCUCCUCCGACUACCUCGGCAACACUGUCGUGCAGAAGCUGUUCGAGUUCUGCUCCGACCCGGUUAGGGAUGCCAUGCUCGCCGAGAUCGUCCCGCACAUGGCUGAAAUCGGCGUCCACAAGAACGGCACCUGGGCUGCGCAGAAGAUCAUCGACGUCUGCCGUCUCCCGACCCAGAUGUCCUCAAUCGUCGAAGCCGUCCGCCCUUACACCGUCCCGCUCUUCCUAGACCAGUUCGGGAAUUAUGUCCUCCAGUGCUGUCUCCGCUUCGGGUCGCCAUACAACGAUUUCAUCUUCGAGAUCAUGCUUACCAAGAUGUGGGAGAUUGCGCAGGGACGGUAUGGGUCCAGAGCUAUGCGCGCGUGUUUGGAGAGUCACCAUGCUACGAGGGAGCAGCAGCGCAUUCUGGCGGCGGCGAUUGCGCUUAAUAGCGUCCAGUUGGCGGCUAAUGCUAAUGGAGCCCUUCUGCUCACUUGGCUCCUCGAUACGUGUACCUUCCCCCAGCGCCGCACUGUGCUAGCGCCGCGCCUGGUUCCGCAUUUGGUGCACCUCUGCACGCACAAGGUGGCGUACCUCACAGUCCUGAAAGUGAUCAACCAGCGCAACGAGCCCGAGGCACGUGAUAUCAUCUUAGAAGCCCUCUUCUUCUCCCCCGACAACAAAGUCCUGGAAGACAUCCUAACCGACCACAUCUGCGGCCCAACGCUCAUCUUCAAGGUCCUCACCACCCCCUUCUUCGACGAGAACAUCCGCGCACAGGUCGUCGAGAAUAUCCGCAGCGUCCUGGUGAAACUCAAGGCUCAGCCGGGUCAGGGAUACAAGAGGUUGAUGGAUGAAGUAGGCCUGCCUACCCGUAACGGCAGCACGGGACCGAGGGAACACACGCAUUCCCAGGAGCGCGCGCCGAGAUCUGCGCCGCAGACUCAGGGUCAGACGAAUGGUGGCGGUGGUGGCGGUGGACAGCAGCAGCAGCAACAUCACCAUGCGGAUCUGCGCCAACAGCAACAGCAGCAGCAGCAGCAACAACAACACUCCCCACAACCGCAACAUCACAUCCACCAGCAACAACACCAGCAACAGCAGCAGCAGCAGUCUCUCCCCCAACAGCAGCAACAACAGCAGUACUCACAAUACUACACCCAACAACCCACUCUCCCCCUCCCCCUCCCCCAUCCAGCAUACGACAUGCAACGCACACCCUCUCUCGAACCGCUCCCCUACCCCUCUCCCUACUCGCUCCCGCAGUCCUUCGGCGCCGUCCCUAUGCCAGCGGGCUAUAACCAGCUCCUUGUUAGGGGGGCGCCGGUGGGGAUGCAGGGGAUGGGCGUUGGUGGGUUCGGGGGUUACCCGUAUCAGGCUUCGCCGGCUGGGGGGUUGGGAGGGUUAGGACAGCUGGGGGGGUUGGGACAGAUUGGACAGAUGGGCGGACAGAUUGGUGGGGGAAUGGGUCAGUUUGGCGGGGUUUAUGGGUAUGCCGGGCAGCAGCCGGUGGGGGGACAGGUUGGGCAGGGGGGGUAUGGGGGGCAGGAGCAGGGGAGGAGGGGGAGG